GCGCUCUUCAAUCUCUUUUUGCGUCUUGUCGUGCGCGGGAUCAACGCCUCCAUCGCGCGCGCUCGAUCAACGCUUUCAUCCCGCGCUCUCGAUUGGUGUUUUCACUUUCACUGCGGCCGCGCCCGCUCGAUCAGCGCUUUCACUGCGCGCGCGCGCGGGGGAUCACCGCGCCCGCUCUCCGCGAUCAUGGUUCUGUGUUCCCGCUCUGUGUCGGCAUAGCCUGGAUGAUCGUGCGGGUAUUUGGUCGCGAUUCCGGCUUCAUUCAGGCAGCUUUCCAUGUGCCUGAAUAGUUGUCGGCAUAGCCUGGAUGAUCGUGCGGGUAUUUGGUCGCGAUUCCGGCUUCAUUCAGGCAGCUUUCCAUGUGCCUGAAUAGUCAAAGAGCAGGCGUAGGUAGCCUUGGAUGAUCUUGAGUGUAUUUGGUCGCGAUUCCCGCUUCAUUCAGGCAGCCUUAACAGUGUCGUCGCCAGAAUAUGCCCGCGCAGAGGCAAGCUUGUUAAUCGAGAGUGCGCCACGUGGAGGAAGAGGGAGAGGCGAUCGACAACCGACAGACGGAUUAUAUUUCGAGGCUCUGAUUCCACUUCGGUUUUGCAUUUAUUUUUAUUGAAAAAAAAAAUUCUGUUCUUCGUCAACGUGAGAGAGAACUGCGCUGCGGAAGUCGGACCAAAAGGAUUUUUUUUUUUUAGUUUUUCUUUUAAUUCUCUUCGAGGGGUCAGCUCAAGAUUUCCGGUCAACUCUUUUGGUCAACGCUCUAUUGACUCAUCUGCCGGUGGUCAAGUCAAGAGGCGAUGUUCGACUGGUCGGCGCGGAGAGCAGUUGAGCGGGAUCCUGACGAGUAUCUCCCAGUUGGGUAUCCCAUCAGUGGUUACUGUGACCAUGCUGGUGGCAGUACAAUUGGGAGGAUUGAUGUAGGAUUGAAGAGUUCUUAUUUGAUUGGCCGAGCGACGGGUUGUGAUAUUGUCCUAGACCAUGCUUCUGUUUCACGCCAGCAUGCGCUACUCGUGCAUCAUCACACCGGGAAGAUGAUGAUCAAGGACCUCGGGUCAGCUCAUGGCACUGUGGUAGAUGGGCAGCGCUUACGGACCGGGACGUGGCUGGAACUUUGCGAGGGUAGCGUUGUACGGUUCGGUGCGAGCACAAAGAGUUAUGUUGCCCGAGGCAGGGAUCUGAGUCAUUUCUUGUUGUGAAGAAGUGCAUGGAUCGGACUGACUUCUUGUGAAAAGUGCAUAGAACUCCAUCUCUCUUGGAACGAUGAUUUGAUUGUCGUGUUGGGGUCCUCUGUGUAUGAAGAGGUAUUUGUUUUGCUGAUGUGAAUGACCCAAGUGGAUUUUUUUUUUGCAAGCAGAUUUUAUGAAUAGAUUGCCGGAGGGACACAUAUGGGUUACGCUCAACUUUACGGUUAGAACGUAGAAGAGGAAGAAAGGAAUGCCGUGGGAGCGUUUUUUUUUUUUUUUUUUUUUUUUUUUCCGUUGGUAGUGGAGUUAUCCUUUUCAUUAUGUCAAGGGGGGGCAAAGGGGGUACGUGCGUAAACAGGUGAAAGGGGAGAGAAGGGGAGCCGGUUCGACACUCGUUGAGCUGAGCUGAAUUGCUGCGACCGGUGGGCUAACUGCGAGUAAAUGCCGACCAGUUCUAACUCUAUAUACAAUAUGUGUUGUCAGUUUUGUCCUUUUCCCUUGUAAGAGUAUGAGGUAAGGGUAUGUGUUGCUGAAGGGAGGGGGAGGGGGGGGAGGGGGUUCAUUUUCUGGGCGAUGCGACACCACCCUCUUGAUUCCUGUGGGGGAGGGGGCUCAUUUUCUGGGCGAUGCGACACCACCCUCUUGAUUCCUGUGGCCUUGAGUGUUGUUGAGGGAACCACAAGGGUGUGCGAGUCGUGUGACCGAAGUGCUCUUUCGUCGUGGUUGUUUUGGGGUGUUUCUGUUGUUGGGCGGGCAAAGCAAGUGUAAGGUUGUAGGGACGGCAGUACAUGUGGAUGCACUAUGAGCUGGUUCAUCGGUAUUGGAUGCCAGGAGGACAGCUGGCCAAUGCAAUUAAUAAUAAUAAUGUAUACGCAUCAUGCUUCUAGCAAAGUGGGAAGCCAUGGCGGUGAUGUUUGUGUGCUAUAUAAACCGUCCCAAGCGACCAGCCACCAGCCAGGCAAGUGGUAUCUCCUCAUUGUCCGUUCUCGGGGGUGAGGUGUUCUCGGUGUUGCUUCUGCUGCUGUCAUGGUGUUUAUGUGAGAGUCCGCCUCCCAACUGGCUACUGUUGAGGCAAGUUCGGUGUGUGUCGUCGGUUCCGGGUCCGUGUCCUCUAUGCGUCUGCUUUUGUCCGACUCGUUGCAAUGGCCAGACUCAUGCUUUUCUGUUGGCAUCCUUUGAGUGACGUUCGCGUCGAACAAGGAUUGUUGAGCCACCAGCCAGGCAAGCGGCAUCUCGUUUGUCGGUUUGUCGGGGUGUUUCUGUUGGCAUCCUUUGAGUGACGUUCGCGUCGAACAAGGAUUGUUGAGCCACCGGCCAGGCAAGCGGCAUCUUGUUUGUCGGUUUGUCGGGGGUGUUUAUGCGAGAGUUCGCCUGCAACUGCCGCCCUGUUGAGGCAAGUUCUGUGUGGCACUGCAUCGUCUGUUCUGGGUCUGUGUCCUCUUUGCAUCUGCUUUUCUUUGACUCAUGGCGGUUGCAAGACUCAUGCUUUUCUGUGUGCAUCCUUUGAGUGGCGUUUGUCUCGGGCAAGGAUGGUUGAGCGAAGCUGGUUCGCUUUGUCUGUCGUUGGUCUAUAGUCUUGUUGCGCCUGAUUGUGUCCAACUCUAACAGAUGGCACAGCUGGUGUCUGUGCGCCAGCGUGCUCAGGGACGUACAAGGUGAUAGGGGACCACCAUGUUUGGCUGCGAUCGCCUGCUUCCGUCGAGGAUUCGAACUCGUGAUCUCAGCGAUACAGAGAAGAUCAAGUAGGUUGACCACCAUGUUCGUCUGCCGUCGUCUGUUUUCUUUUCUCUUUUCUUCUUUUUAAUAAGGCGGUAGUCCUUGACCUUAUUUCGUUCAUCUGCUUCCUUCAAGGAUUCAAACUCGAGAUCUGUUUACUAGU